ACUUGCUACAAGUACAUAUUAUUUGAAGAUUUACUCGGUAAAAUGACUACUACCCGUGCCUUAAAAGAUACUAAUUGAUCUUCGUGUCUCGUCUGUAUCGAAGUAUCUCCUCGACGCUUAAUCGAGACUCGAGUUGUCAAGAACAGAGUUGGAGUCAACGACGUCGAUCUCCGCUAAAAAAGAGUUGUAGUCAACGAUGACGAUCUCCGCUCGAAAGAAAUAGAAAAGUUGAAUGAGGAAGGUUGUUUGAAUUUUAUCCGACGAGCCUAGAGCGAGUGUGACUGGGAGUGUGAAGAUCGACUGCAAGAAGGGCGAAGAUUAUGAGAGAAAAAUGGAGUGUGUCAGAGAAGAAAAAUAGAGUUGUUCGCCUUUCCGAACGAGACAAGAAACGAAAAGGGAGAACGAAAUACUUUUUUAGACGGAGUUAAAAAAUUGCAAAAUAUAGGUACGCGAAGAAAUGGCACUAGCUUCUCUUUUUACAGUAAUAGCGAGCGAAACCACAUUGAUUCUCGUAUCUUAUUAAUCAUGAAUCACUUUAAGUUUAAAUUCUUCAGGCGGAGGUGAUCGAGGUAAAAGAAUACUGUAAGUGUAUUAGGUUGGUGAAUCAAAUAAAAUUUUUUAGAGCUAUGGGAAGGCCACCAUGAGGUUCGGCAUGAAUCUGCCGCACCCUCCAGGGUGUUGGCAGCGGGAUGACGACUCCGGAACAGCGCGUUCUGACCACGACUCACCAGCGUAUUGUUGAAUAGCUGCGUGGGCCUGGGCGUGCGGCAAUUUAUUAAGGCUACCGCUGGACCAUCCUCAACAUCAUCCUUCGCCCAUUUUUCAAGGAGAAAAAGGGACCAGGGAGGUUCUCGGGGAUGCGAGCGCGGUAGCUCUAAGGCAAGACUGAGUGCUGUGGUCGAGGUGACCUUGCGAUAUUAACCUGCCGGCAACGUCAUACUUGACAGCUGGGUAUGUGUAGUUGCUGACUUUUGUACUACUAAGUGCGUUCUUCGACCUCCGCGUCAAGAAAAUCUGCGGUUUAUUACUAACAGUCUAACACAAAAUACGAGCCGAAGACACGAAAACGAAGAGUAGAUUCCAUCCACGAGAAUAGUAUCAUCGUCAUCGACAAGGAUUAGACUAGUAUACUAGUACCUAAAACCUAUACCUUUAUCGUCAUCUUCGACAAAGGGUACUAGAAGACUCGUUCUCGUACAGGAGCUGCUACAAGUAGUACAACAAGAACGACCACUCGAGGACAAGUUCUGCUGCUACAACAUUUCGUCGAGUCUGGUCCCAGCGAAAAGAAAACAAGAUGGACCGCAAGCGGAACCCUUUAGGGUUCCUUGACGACUUACUCGAGGAGGAGAAAACCGGGAGUGACUAUUUUGGGUCCGUUUACUUCUGUUAAGGCUCAAUACGAUUCCUUUUUACACGCCGUUUCAUCUUGUUCCUAUUUCCUUCGUAGGACAUUUGCGAGAGUAAAUGAAGGGAACAAGAAAUGGAUCAUUUUGCGCUCUAAUUCCGGAAGCACUAUGAAUUCAUAGACGUUACCAGACUGUACAACCCUAGGUCGAUCGAGUACCGGAAUGUCAAGCUCAUCGUCUAUGAGACUUUCUUCUACAUUGUGUGGGUGCUCAUGUUGACGCUGUACAUGAACAGCUAUAUGGGAGAUGCAGGAAUGAGUACUCUUUCAUCCGUAUCUAUUUAUGUUUUUAGAACUAGAACAAGUUUCACAUGUAGACAUACAUACUAAUUCUUUGUGAGUUAGAAGAAGUCCCACAUACUAUGAUAGUAGUUGUGAAGAAUACUUGUUCUAGUACAACUACUUGUUUCUGCAAUCACCAGGAUCAUUAUAUAUCAUUGUCUUUGCCAUGGAGAUAUAAAGUUCAACUUUUGCAUGCCUCCUACAAAGUCAAUACUGUUUCUUUCAGUCGAGGUUAAGCAUCGUAGAACCUCUUCUCACCAUUCUCUCUUUUCGAAAUCCAGAUCUCGAAGCUCGUCGUCAGCAGGAGCGAUAUUGGGGUGGUUGUGAGGAUAAGCGUGGCACCUGCAAGAUUGACGACGUGAAGGAUGCGGAUAGUCUGUUCACGUUUCUCUCGGAUACCAUGGUACCGAAGCUGUUCACGUUACGGCCUCCUCCCCAUGUUCAUUUGAUGGCAUAUCUAGCCUAUUAUACGCUCACUCCGUCACAAGUGAGCCCACUCCUAUCCUAUCCUCUAUCUUUGUCAUUGUCUUUGACCACGUGUUUUCAAGAUCAAGGGUAAAAUCAAUGGCCAAGGAUGCACCUAGUCUCAGAUCUGGUCUAUAGCCCCGAACCUUGACACAUCCUGAUCGAUGAUGUGAGCUAGUUCUUAAGGAUGAAUAUCGGGGUUUCCACUUCUAAUCACGGAUCAGGACACGUACUACGAUUUGACCAUGACGUCCGCAACAAGGGACAGCUUGUACACACUGACAUCAGAGUCAGUGCCCUGGCUGCCGAGGUAUGUUGGGGACACGAAGACGAUCGUGAUGCUGGGUAACACGCGCAUUAGGCAAGUGCGAGUAGUGAAGAACAGAGGCUGUGCGACGAGGAAAGAAUUUGAAGGGAUAAAGACGGGCACGGGGAUCAACGACGAGGAAAUAAUAGCUUGCUAUCCGCCGUUUACGACGGAAGUGGAAUCGACAUUGGCGUAAUCCUUUCUUUUUGGCGGUUGAAGAGCCGUAUUUGUUGAUGGACCGUGCUCGCCCUCGUGCUGCUCUCUACUCCUUUCUUACCUUUCUUUUUUGCAGAGAAGACUGACGCAUGAUCAACUUCUACUUGAAAUGAAAUGCUUGAUGAUGAAUAAUGAAAUCUUCAUGAAGCCACAAUCAUCAACAUUAUCAUCUGAAACCCUGAAACACAUCAGCUAUCCCGCAACACAUGUUCCUGACAUAGUGAAGCCGGUCUAUUCCCACUCCCUAGACCGUAGUGGGCUAAUGGCGAACUUUCAGAGACCGAACGCUAGUAUGACGGAAAUGGUAGGGAAGCACGGCCACUAUCCAGGAGAGGGCUUUUACUUUGAUUAAGGGAUGCCACAUUACAUUCUUCACUACCGUUGUUCUGGACUUGUUUCCCUGUAGAAAAGACGGUGGGGAUUCAUUUCCAAGGGUCGUUUUCCUCUGUUUCCUCCUCUCUAAUUUGCCAUGCCGUUGCAACGGUCAACAGCUGAGGAAAUACUCGAACACCUGCGAGGUUGGGACUACAUAGACCGGAAAACGAGGGCAAUCAUCAUCGAGAAUAGUGUGGUGAACCCGAACACGAACAUCAUAGUGUCGAACAGGCUGCUGUUCGAGUUCAACGCCUUCGGAACGGUGACUAUACGACAAGACCAUGUGCCGAUACGAGCGACGCUCCUGAGUAUGAGUCUCUUGGCGACGGAUGAAAGAGACUCGUUUAUGUAUCUCGUGGUAUUUUUUGAACUAGUACAUAUUACCUCCAUGCUUUGAUCUCAUUCAUAGAAGUGUAUCUCAUGGUAUUUUGAACUAUGUGUACGUACACUACGAUUUCCAAGAAUUUUACCAUGCUUUGACUUCGAUAAGAAGCGGUCUUCGUCUUCGUCGCGGCUACUAUGAUCUUAAUUGUUCUUGAAAAUCGAUUAAUGCUCCUUCGACUAAUGCUCCUCCUUGAAAUCGUAUUUUAGAAUAAUUUAUAGAACGGAUGUAGGAUGGACUUGGAUGGAUCGGAUGGACCCCCCUACGGCUUCCGAUCCUUCUUGAAAUGGUGGGAUGUCCAUCCGAUCCAUCCCAUCCCGGACCUACCACUCCUAUCAAUUUUGUCUAGUAAAUUUGUUACAACGUGAUCCUCGUCACGACCGGGAACAGCCAUGACCUCCAUCACCUCAACUUGAGAAUUUGAAUUCAGAUCUUCCGUGCCUUCUUUCUCCUGUACUUCCUCUCCGCUGUGUGGAUGGUCUACAAGAACAGGAUGCAGUACUUCUUCUACGCGUGGAACCUAGUGGACGUGGUCAUAAUCGUGCUUUUCUGGAUACACUUAGGUGUCCAGUUUACCACCUUCUUCACCGUCUUAAAUGACACGCAGUUUAGACCAGAAUUGCUAGGGUUGCCGGAGAUGUUUUUCUCAUUUUCGAAAUUGAGCCCAGGGUUGACGGCGACGGAUGGUACUGGUUUUUUUUGGAAGAUCAUCAUCAUUUGUUGAAGAUAGAAGCAGGUACUAAUAUUAUCGCCUCUCUUACUUGUUGCCAACGCCAACCCCAACUUACUUGUAGCAACAAGUUGUUGGAAAAACUAAACGUAAACUGCUUCUCUGCACAGUGAGUUGUUCAAUGUGAAGGAUCCAGAUCCUAACCCAAGAACCUUCCAUUUCGCCCUGGCUGAUGAAUCCCAUUUAUUUCAGGUAUCCUGUCAAUAAUCGGGCUUCUAGCGUGGUUGAGGACGCUCAAGUUCUUUACACUAUUAGACCGAUUUAGGGUGCUAACGAGGACGAUGGAGAGGACGUUUGAAGAUCUAGCAGUCUUCGCGCUGUUGCUGGCGACAAUCAUCUUCGGAUUCAGUACUUAUUCCUUGCGUUUUUCUGAUUCAUCACAUGCAAAACUACUUGGUGCGGCAGCAUCGAAACCAUCCGUUCUCGUAAGAAGAAAUAAAGAUGUAUCAGUCCUCUUUCAGUCCGCCCACCACGAACACUGCGAAUAAGCACUAUAACCAAAACCAAACCCCUUUCUUCAUCAAAGGUAUCGCCUUCUGGGUCGGUUUCUACAACCGUGAAGAUGUACCCGAGUUCCAGUCUUUGCUAUCCUCAAUGUCGACGCUGUUCUUCAUGCUUGCAAGAGGUGUGAAAUUGGAGUUCCUAUUCGAGGACGACCACUGGCUACCAAGGUGGCUCUACGUGACCUAUCUGAUAGUGGUCUACUUUUUGCUGGUGAACAUGUUCAUGGCCAUCGUGAACGACACGUAUACUUAAGGGGAGGUUAAAGGUGCUUUUGUUACCGUUUGUUAUGGCUCUCUCCCUUAGGUGGGGACAACCAUAACAAGCGGGAUAAACGAACACCAAAAACCUACCUCUAAUAUACGUUGGUCACCUAUAGUGCAAGGCAUCAGGGAAGGAGAAGCUUCAGUCAAGAUAGCGUCACAUGGUACUGUAGAAGAAAAACCUACUUGUCUACUCUGCUACUUGUGGUUUCUUUCCACUUUCUUCAUCUUGUCACCAGAGUGAUCAUGAUGAGCUUGAACUUGAACUUGUGACCAAGAAGUACCAGGGCAUCACCAUCCUCGCGGAUGAAAAAGAUGCUUGAGUUUCUCUUUCGGCAGGACAUCUUUCUUCGAGGGACACUUCUUCUCAUCACACUCUCAGGUGCUUUCUCAUUUCCUACGCCGCCAAGUUAAAAGGUGAAGUUUUCAUAGGAGGCGACGAACUGGACGAGGACCGAGGUCAUCUCAAAGAGCAGUUUAUAGAGGUCGCCGCCUUGCCAGACGUAGUCCAAAAGGCGUGGACUGUGAAAAGAGAACAGAUUAAGGCUCUGUGAAAAGAGAUAGUACAACAAGUAUGUAGAUUCAGUUCAUUUCGAUCCAACGCUCUGUCAUUGAUUUUCUUCUGUCUCCUUCUUAGGUGGAUUCUGACUCAGAACAAGAGGUGAAUCCACCGUCAUUUACAUUUUUUGAGCUCUAAACAGAUACGAGCACUAGUGCAGAGUAAGGUGGAAACGAUGGGACAGUCAGCCGAAAUCCAGAAACUGAAAGCGGAAUUCGACGACUUUGACAAGAAGGGAGUCAUAUCACGAGUCCAAAUUCAGCGGCUAUUAGACGAAGACGAAGUGCUAGUGCACAUCCUGUCGACGAACAAGGCGAUCGACGUCAUAAGACGCUUUUCGGUAUUUUUACCCGGAAGAUUUGAGAUUUUUACUUUUAUUACAGCGAGAAAUGUUUUUUUAGAAAUCACCAACUACUCGAAAUUCGAAAUUCAGGUCCCCGAAUUCCGAAACUCCAACGACGAGGCUUUCCACGAGAUUACUGUCCUUCAAGAGAAUGUUUUCGCUAAACUAGAGGAAUUUGACGGCUACGAUAACCGCUUGGAAUUCGGCUGCAUCGAGACUCUCAAACUCGUCUCUACUGGCUUACAGGAUGCUUUGUCGGAGAUCCAGAACCAAUUUAUGGUCGGCUUCUAUCCAUCCUUCUCAAGGGCAUCUUGCUACUAUCAUUUUCGUUUUCCCAUACAGAAUACGAGGAAAAUGAUGCCAAGGUGGAGGGACCGAGAUGGAUGCAGGCUGACUCUAAGCAAUGGCGCAAUGAACUGACCUCUGUCCUAGAAAGUACCAAUCAUUUGGCCAGUAUUUUGACGGAUAUGACCAGGAAAAUGGAGAAGAUUCAGAUGAACCACACUAGUAUCGUACAUGAAGCCGGGCUCCAGCAAAUUGUGCAGUCGAAGGACGAAGGUGGCGGAGACGGGAAGAGCAAAAGCGAAAGCAAGAAGAGCUAGUGGAGGUGGUCGCAUCCUCAAGAAGUUGUAGAAUGCUUUUCUUUCUUUUUUUCAUCUGUCUACGUGCUGUAGUACUAGUAGAUCGAUUUUUGGUGCUAAUGUUAACAGUGUGCUUUUUUUCGCGGAGAUGUAUCAUCCUUCCAGUUAUAUUUCCAGUUUAUCAACACAACCCUAAAAAAUCAGCUUGAAUUCGUGAAAGCGUAGUUGACAAUGGAUUAUGAAUAGACCGCAGACAGAAAGGUCUAGACUGUAUACGAUGUAGACUGUAGAAGAUGUAGACGGUAAUACGAUGAUUUUCGUCUAUUAGAAUCAGAAAGUAGUAACGUUUUUGUCUGUGGACUAGAUGACUCAGGAGAAAGUCUAAAUCCUCUAGAGGCAAAGACUCCUGCAUCACCCUGCACUGCGACCGUCCCCGAAUUUAUUGUCAACAUACGUGGUCCCGUAUUUGCCCACAAAGUCCGUCAUGGUGAAUACCCUUCACACGACCCAAAUGAGUACCCAAAAUUUCAACGAAAAUGUACCUGGAGAAAAACUUUCAGUCCUGCCGAUACCUUUUUUAUAGUAUGAUAUACUUGUUGACUUGAGCAAGAGCUUGAGCUAGAGGUCGUU